CUUUCCCCUCCCCUCCUAUGCACAGCUGCUCAGUAGAUGCAAUCGUGUGGAAAGCUCCCAUACACACAUGCGCACAUCAACAGUGUAGUGUAGUGUCAGACGUCACCUAUAGCGAGCUAAAGUUCGCCGAGUAGUCGUCGCGGAAUCGCCAAACGCAACACGCAUAUGCCUAUACACACACACACACACAUCUUCGUCUCCGUCGUCGUUACUCUUUCUCUCACCUGUCCCGGCGCGUCGUUACCAAUACUGCUGCAUCUUUAAUUUCAACUGACGUGUUCUUGGGAUUCGCGAUGUGUGCCGCGCUGUGAGCUCGAGAGAGAGAGAGAGAGAGAGAAAAAAAGCUCGUGGUUAUAUAUCUAUAGUGUGCGCGCGUGCAGUGCAGCAAAGGCGCCGCGAAUGUUCCUCACCUCGAUCGCGGACAGCGAGAGCAGAGAGUUUCGUCAGCGGGGCCGAUUCACGAUUCUGUACUGCUGGACGUCACGUUUGUAGCUCGACUGCACUGAGAGGAGCUCGGAGAGGAGUGGUUGACAUUCACUGACUUGAAAGCUGGCAGCAACAUGGACCUAUGGAUGCGGGAGAGGAUUUUCAGCUUUGCCACUGUCAUCAUGAGGGUGCCUCCGCUGUUUGUCAUCGACGAGCUUCUCAGGAUUGGACUAGGACUGACUCAGGAGACUGUGGUCUUCAACGGCACCGAGCAUGGACCCAUGAUGGAGAGCCAGGAUGGUGGAGCCAUUGAAUCGACUAUCGACACUGCUGGAUACUUGGUGUUCAAUACUAAGAACUGGUCUGGAAUUUACAGUCAUGAGACAUCCUAUUCCAGUUAUUGUAACCAUAUGUUCCUGAUGACAGUGCUGAGAUUCCUGGCAUGUUGUUUUGGCUGUGCAGCUGCUACUUGUACUUUUAUGCUAUGGACAAAACAGCUCAUAAUACUCUACCUUUACCUUAUAUCGGUGGGAGUUGUUUUUGUAUCUUAUUGGUCCAAUGUGAGCACUAUAGACGCCAUUACCACUUACCUAAGUUCUAAAGAAGAUGGAGGAAGUGUCUUAGCCGAUGUUCUCAAUCUCCAAUUCACACAGCUGAUGUCUAAUGGGCCAGGCAUAAUGAUCAUUCAAAAUAUCAUACUUCAAAGCGUUCUUGCUCACUUAUACUGUUACAUUCAUCUUGCUCCAAAAAACCCACAUCUUCAAAAAAUACUCAUCUACAGCUUUACUCUGUCAUCGCAAGUGGGAAUUUUGCCUCUACCUGCAAGCGUAAUGACUCGAUUCCCAGUCUUCGCGGCUCUAAUCCCGCUGGCUGUCUGCAAGUACGUGCUCUGGUGCAAUGCUUACAACAUCUGGAUGACGAUCCACCGGGGUUAUCAGCUCGGUCGCAACUUCAUCACAAACUACGGACUCUCAGCUCUCGCUGAAACCCAGUGGAGUCGACUACACGUGCCCUCUGUACUGCGUACCUUCUGGAUACUUCGUGUUGCCGAGCAAGUCGUUCAGAUUCUUUCCAGCGACUAUGGUGACGAAUCAUUCAACUACUACACGAUGCUUAAAACGCUCAUGGUCAACGGCUGCGAGACCGUCACCGCGGUCCUCGGCAUGACCAGCAUCAUAUCCGUCAUCUGCCACUACAUUGGCAGCUUCUUCCACUGGAUACUGCUCACCGACGAAGAUGACGAGAAGAGCAUCGGCACCGUUUCCGCCAUGCUCUUUUACAUCUUGGCCUUGCAAACCGGCCUGACCUCGCUCGACAAGGAGAAUCGACUGCUCCGGCUCUGCCGGAAUCUAUGUCUUCUGUUCACGGCAGUGCUGCAUUUCGUGCAUAGCAUCGUUAAUCCCUUGCUCAUGUCGCUGAGCGCUUCGCACAAUCCUGCUCUUCACAGGCACGUAAGAGCCCUCGCCGUCUGCGCCUAUCUCAUCGUCUUCCCAGCCUGGUUGCUCUCUUUCCUCUGGUCUCACUAUACGAUCAGUACUUGGUUACUCGCCGUCACCGUCUUCAGCAUCGAGGUCAUUGUCAAGGUCUUCGUCUCACUUGCCGUUUACUCGCUCUUCCUUUACGACGCUUACCGCAAAAACUUCUGGGAUGAUCUCGAUAACUGGAUCUACAUCAUUAGAUCUUUUGGUAACACAGUGGAGUUUGCUUUUGGUAUAAUCCUGUUCUUCAAUGGUUUCUGGAUCCUCGUGUUCGAAGCGGGCGGUACGAUCCGCGCAAUCAUGAUGUGCGUGCACGCGUACUUUAACCUCUGGUCCGAAGCCAAGGCCGGCUGGGAUGUCUUUAUGAAGCGGCGGCACGCCGUCAACAAAAUUAACUCGCUACCCGAAGCGAGCAAAAGACAGCUUGAUGAACACCAAGACGUCUGCGCUAUUUGCUACCAGGAAAUGGAGAGCGCCAAGAUCACAAAGUGUAAUCACCUCUUCCACGGAGUUUGUCUGAGGAAAUGGCUUUAUGUGCAAGACCGGUGUCCCCUCUGUCACGAAAUAAUGCACAGGGUACCCAAUCAGAGGGAUAACAACGAGGCUCAACCCGUCGAGGAGCAGCCGCGCAAUGAGGAGCGCGAACGAGAUAACGAGAUUGUAGGUAACGAUCGCGAGGAAGCAAGUGGCUACAUUCUGAGUCAAAUGAACUCGCAGAACGAUUCUGACUCACCGAGAACCUCUCCAUCGACGACGAAUCCACGACGAGAGCAGGCUGUAGAAGAAAGGUGAAGCUGGGCAUCCAGGUCGACUAAAUGUGAUAAAUAAAAAUGAUGAAAAAAGAAGAUGAGAAGUAAUUGAGAAAUUCCAAGACUUGAAAUUUUCUAGAAGCUAAGCUUGUUAUACAUAAACUGGAAGGGGGGAACCGCUAAGGGUUGAGAUCACGACGUGGAUGAGAAAUCUUUUGAAAACCACAAAUAUAUGAACCUUCUUUUUCCUAAAUAUUACAUGCGCUUCGAUCUUUUUCUGCGUAUUUUAAGGUGUCUUUCAUUUGUGAUAACAUCGUGAAGUUUUGUAAAUAACCGGUGAGAAGAAGAGCAAAUAAAAUUGUUUAUGUCAAAGUUGCUUUAUAAAAUAAUUUCCUUUCAAUUUUAGGAAAUGUAACAUAAAUAUCAACGAUAUAUUUUUUUAAAUCAAAAGUAACGUAACAGUACAAUGCUCCGAUGGUUGCAAACUUUAUAUAAACAAUUUUAAUUUGUAAUAUACAGGAUUCUAAAUAAUCGUCAAAUUAAAAUUUCGAAAAUAAAUUAAUGUAUAGCUUUAUCGUUGAAGAGAAAUGAGAAGUUAAAAGGUUCUGUGUAAGACUAGUAAAAUGCUGUUAAUAAUCAGCGCAUAAUUUAUUUUUCCUCAGUCGAUAAAUUAACUCGUAGUGUUAUGUCGAGUGCGGUGUUUAUGAUGCAUGUAAAUUAUAUAGAUUGUUUUUCUAAUACCUGUUCUUCACGACGUCGUACUUAAGACAUCGUUCUUCUUUACUUCCAAAGCCAUGGAUCAAUUGGAGAUUCGUCCGGUUUCCUGACAAGCGCUAAAGUUUGAAAAAUGUUUAACAUCUUAAAAGAGAAUACGGAAUUGAGAUACGGUUAAAUUCUGGUGUUUUACUGAUUUGAUCGUUCUAUUCAAAUAAAGACGUAAUUUAUAGACAGAUGAACUGUUAUAUAAUAUGAUCACAAAUUAACAUUCUUUUUUUUACCAAAUUCAUGAGUAUUUUGAACAAAGCAUGAAACUACCAGAAGCUUAACUUUUUGGCAAAGACAUUUUUCAUUUUGCUUACUUUUUAUUAUCUUACAAAGAUAAAUAAUAUGUACAUAUAUACAGUGAAUUUUUUCCAACCGAAAGUUUAUCGACGGGCUUACGAGGAUAAAUCUAGAGUACUCUUUCUCAAAACUAUUUUCAAAUCAUAUUCGUUGUGCGGCCUGAAAAUAAAUUUUCAGCAUAACUCGAAGAUUCACUUUGUUUUCAAAGAUAGGAAUAUUGUGUACUUCAUGUGACUAUGGUGAAAUCUAUGAUUCACAGGAAAUCGCCGUGACUUAUCAGUCGUAGUUUGCUUUUUUUCCGUGAUUAAAGCACAACCAAUUUGCUGUUGUCUUAAAAGACAUAUGUGAAAAUUACAGCACGAAUUUAAAUACACCAAAUUUUUAAUGCAUUUGAACUUGAGAUUCGACGUAAAUGUUUUGAAUACAUUUUCUGUCCUGUAUAAGUUUCUCUUUUGAAACAAUUUUUUAAAAUCUCUUUGUAAUAAUUAAAAAAAAACUUGCGUUGAACUAGUAACAGAAAAUUGCCCACCGAUCGUACACUAAUAGUAACGUCACUUUUUGUGGAAUAAUUUUCGCUGCGUAUAUUUUCACGUUUGAUUGAUAUUCAAUUUUACAGUCGUUACAUAAUUUCUCUAUUUUCAGAGUACACACUAAUCCUUUUAUUUGAAUCGUUUGUUAUUUGAUGUUUAGUAAAGAUACUACUAGGAUUCCAUUUAGGAUUAUUUUUCUACGACUAUGUAAUAAUAGCUUACGUAAUGCUCAGAGCUUGCCAAUUGUACAUUAAAAUACAAGAUUUUGUAUGCAAUUUCUUUGUAAAAUUUUUCUGCUGCUGUGUAUAAGGUACGAGAAAAGGAAAAUAUGCUUGACUCGAAAAUUCAGCACUUCCUUACAAACGGCUUUCGACGCAAGUUUUUCCGAGCUCAUUUCAAAUUCCAUUAAUCACACAACGUUCGGGAGAUGUCCAACAAAUGUUAUAUUUUUAAUGAUUGCUACCUGUUUAUGACGUUUUGUACAAACGAUAUUUAUAAUUUUAUUAAAAAUUUAUUAUUCAGUGCUUGUAAUUAUUAACGAAUAUGUGAAUAGUUUCAGGAAAUAUUCCAGCUUCACGUUAACCACUCGAUAUUAAAUAAAAGCUGCGUUAUACUGUUCAUAAUGUCAUGCUAUACAGAUAGGUUUAAAGUGGUUAAACAACGUCAUAUGAAUAGACAAAAUAAAUUACUAUAGAUGUAACUCAUAAUAUAAUUUUAUUAGUGGUAAUAAAUCGGUUUAAUUUUACGUAUAAGUGACAUUGUUUUGUAAAUUGCUCAAAUUAAAACCUUAAUUUUAUGACAA